CCCUGGACGCAACUGCCCGCUUCCCGCUUCACUGCCGAGUUUAUGACGAUCUAUUAUCGCUGUGUCCUUGAACCUCUGCACUCGCUUUUAUACACCCCAGGAAAAGAAAAAGAAGUAAAAGAGGGAUAUUUAUAAGGGGACCAGUAUUCUCGGGGAGCUGCUGGCCCACCUCGCCACUCUGCUUCUGGCCCCAAAACCGAUCGAGGACCUGCAACUCUCAACCCUCCGUGUCCGUCUUGAUGGUUUUAGCUGUCACUAUGGAGUCGGAGACUUCUUUCGACGAUGAACGAUAUGAAGAACUCUCAUCCAUUGCGGCCAUUUUCCCAGAAAUCAAGACCGACUCGACAUCCGCAUACCGGGUCUCCCUCGAUAUACCGGUAAAACCGACGACACCUCUAAAUGUCUGUUUCUAUCAACACCCGGAAGUCGGCUUUCCUGCGGUUCUCACCCCUCCGACCUCCCUCGAUGCUAACGAAGUCGGCCUUGGCUCCAAAGCUAAACUAGGCAACGAUCACUCAACCGCGGACAACGAAAGGGACGUACAUGUUCUUGCUCAUUUGCCGCCUCUCAGUCUUGAGAUUGAACUCCCGGAAGGAUAUCCCUCAACCAAGCCUCCUGUAUUUAAACUCAGCACCAACCCGCAAUGGCUGCCUUUAUGGGCCGUUUCAAAACUCUUGGACGAUGGUACACGCCUUUGGGAAGAAAGUGGCCGGUCUCUCGUCAUCUACACCUAUAUAGACCAUCUUCAACAAUUGGCAGAAACGGCAUUUGGCAUAGACGAAGCGUCGGGUGGCGAAGUACGGCUUGCGAGGGAGCUCAAGAUUGCUUUGCUUGAUUUUAAUAACAAAGCAGAGCGCGAGAAGUUCGAGCACGAAACUUUCGAAUGUGGGAUUUGCCUUGAGCCAAAAAAAGGAACGAAUUGUCACCGUCUGAUGCUUUGCUCACAUGUUUUCUGCGUGUCUUGUUUGCAGGACUUUUACAAUACCUGCAUUUCCGAAGGAGAUGUUGAAGGCGUAAAGUGUCUGGCUCCUGACUGUGGUCAAGAACAAAAUACGUUACCGGGCCAAACGAAAACGCACAAAAAACGGGAUCGAACGCUCAGCCCAUCAGAAUUACUGCAAAUACCCCUUGAACAAGAAACCGUUCAACGCUAUGUUUUUUUGAAACGGAAACGGAAGCUUGAAGCUGACAAGACGACUGUUUACUGCCCUCGGAAAUGGUGCCAGGGCGCGGCGCGGUCAAAGAAACAUCCUAAGCCGACUGAUCCCAUGGCAGACGACUUGGAGGGUUCGGAUGAAGAAACAGAGGGUCUUGUCUUCGACCCCCUCGGGGAUGAAAGUCAACUACCUCCUAUGGCCGACCGUCUAGCUAUUUGUGAGGAUUGCAAUUACGCCUUUUGCUGCGUGUGUAAGAAAGGUUGGCAUGGAGAACUUAUGCGGUGCUUCCCUCGACGACAAGCGGAGUUGUCGGCCGAGGAGAGGGCAACCGAGAAUUAUCUCAGGCUAUACACAUCUGCCUGCCCAACAUGCGAUGCUCCGUGCCAGAAGCGUUUGGGUUGCAAUCAUAUGAAGUGCUUCAAGUGCGAUACGCACUUCUGUUACCUCUGCUCUGCUUGGCUUUCAGAGACAAAUCCAUACCACCACUUCAACGACCUUACUAGCGCCUGCUUUAAUCGACUAUGGGAUCUGGAAGGUGGCGACGGUGUCGAUCCUGAAGGAGCCGAAGCUCUGCACCGAGUUCCUGAUGCUCUACUUUUCGACGACAGCAGCGACGACGAGGAUCAACAUCCGUGGGGGGUGAACAAUGGACCUGCAAGACAGCCUCCACCUCCGGCUCCAGUGCCCCCACGAGUCAACCAUGUCGGUAUUGGGAAUCCCGAAAUAGGGCGUAACGCCAACGGUCUCGAUGCCGCGGGUCGAGCAGCUGCAGCCGAACGACAAGCUCAAGCUCGAGCGAUGGCAGAGAUCAGGGCUGGCAGGGGACCUGAGCGAGCUGAACAAGCUGUUGUCCCACGCGCAGGCCUCCAGCGGUUUCUCGACCUCGUCCAAAACGAUCGGGAAGACGAGUGGGACAGCGACGAACUAGAAGAUGGUUUUUAAACCCUCCGCCGCCACUUGUUCAUCUACAACCUCUGUCUAUUAUAUUACGAUCCUAUUUAAGCGCAUGCAUCUCACCAACAAUUUACGAUUUCACGAUCAAAUCACGACCAUAAAACAGUUUUCGGGGCAACCUUCUAACUAUGAUAUCUCUACCCAAGGGCGGAUUUGUUUUUGUGUGUUUUUUUUUUUUUUUUUUUUGCGCGUUUUCCUUUUUAUCAUUUUGCAUUUGUAUUAGCGGUUGAUCAUGAUCUUGAUGACUAUCUCCAUUGAUCUAGCGUUGCUUCUAUCGAACUCUUUUUUUUCGUCCUGUACAAGAUGUUGCAGUUGCUCUGUAUUCGGAUAGGUACCUGGUCUUUAUGUCUUGCCUGGUUCGUAUA